GCGUCCUGUCAAAAAGGAGAUUGUAAUUUAGGAAAAAAAAAAACGCCCUCCUUAAGCCUGACCUCAGCCAUGGCUAUUCGACGGUAGGAGAAGAACUCGUAGAGUUUCCGCAUUGAAGCUCAAAAAUCACGGGACGAGUCCCUCCAGUUCCAGAUUAUUUAUACUGUACUCGAUCACUCUGAUAGAAUAGACUAUGGUUUGGGGUCUGUUUCCCGCCGAUCCUCUCUCAGGGGAAGAUAAGUACUAUAUUUUUACUAAAGGAACAUACAAAGUUGGUCGCAAAGGUACUCCACUGUGUGGUUGCGAUGUAAUUAUUAACAAAGACAAAGGAGUUUCUCGUAUCCAUGCAGAGAUAGUUGUUGAUGAAAUGACUUUGUCUAACGCCAUGGAAAGCAAGUCUGAAUGGUCCUCCAGAAUUCGAAUUAGAGAUUUUUCAAAGUAUGGCACAUUCAUUAACAAGAAUCUUGGGUCAAUGGAAAAGGUUCAAGAGUUCCCAAAUAAAGAAACAACUUUAAAAGAAGGGGACCUGAUUUCUUUUGGGACGGGUAAUGCAACAUACAGGUUUUGUUUUGUUCCACUCAAUUUUUUUGUCUACUGCUCUGAGUCGUUCCAAGGCAAUCAAACCCUUGAAGACAAAGUUUCAUCAAUUGGCGCUCGUAUUACUUUCCAAUUGAGUGAAGAGUGUACACAUGUACUUGUUGAUCACCAAAUGCCAGUAAAUAAAGAUGUUGUUGAUGCUAUUGUAGCUAAGAAACCUGUUGUUCUCCAUAGCUGGGCCGAGUUGGUUGCUGAAAAAAGCAUUGGGUCGGAAAUUCCUAGCUGGAAUUCCUAUAUCCCGACAUUAACAGUGGAAGGAGUACCAACCAAAGUUGUGGACUCAGUAACUCGGGCAAAAUGUUUGGAUGGAUACACUUGUCUUCUAGAAUCAACAAAUAUGUAUAAGUUCGGGGACAGGUUGCAGUCUCUGUUGGAAGUAAGCGGUGCAAAUGUUAUUUUCAUUGAAGAAUUUUGUUCAAGUAGCCAAGGCUUGGAUUGUCGAGAAAAUGUUCAAAUGGUGUAUGUUAUCCCUCAAGGGUCAACUGACAAGUCUGGUCGUUAUAGCAAACUGAGUUCAUUAUCUAAAGUGAAUGAAGUGGAUCUGUCAUGUGCUGUUAUAUCUGGGCAUUUAGAUUCAUCUAUAUUUAUAUUACCAACUGUGCUUGUUUCAUCAUCAUGCUCCACGGAUGAGACAGUAGUAGCAGAUUCUGAUGAGGAAGUGGGAAUGACAUCAAUUCAUUCCACAGCCAAUAUCUGCAGUGAAGAAGCCCCUAAAUGUGUGAACAAAGUAGAAAUAUCCACUGUUCAUUGCCUUACUAAAUCAGAGGAUAACCAUGUCAUGAGCUCUAUGGACAAUUACGGUGGAAUGACAGCAAAAAAGGAGAAGGGGGAAGACCCUGAAAGUGCAAAUUCUGAUAUCAUUUAUAGCCAAGAAUUAAUUAUUAGGGAUUGGCAUUUACCUGUGACAAUCAGUUCUACUACAAGUGAUAGAAUUUUAAACUUCAAGCGCUUCAAAAAGAAAAACACGCAAUCAGGAAAUAGCUUCAACAACCUGAUUCCAUUCUCAAAAUUGCCAUACAAAGAUACUGACUAUGGCAAUCCGGAGAUGCUCGACUAUGUGAAAGAAGAAAAAAGCCGGAAGCAAAUGGAAGCUAUUGCAGAGGAUUUAUUCAACAAUGAAAAGGGAAGACGGCGUGGUGUAGCUGGUUCUCUUCAUUCACUUCUUUCUCAUGGAUGAAGGGAAAAAAAAAGAAGGCAAUGGAGAGAUGGUUGAUCAUCUGAUUCUUCAUUGGCCAUAGACCUGUAAAUUACGGUCUCUGUUUUGCCUUUCCACUUGUUGAUUCAACUGAUUGAAAGAGAUGUUGAACUGUUGAAUUCCUGGUGGAGAGUGAAGGCAUAUUUUUAAUUUUAUGGAAGAUGGCUCCUCUGAUGUAAAUAUGGCUUGAUAGGAAUAUUGGGUGUCUGAGAAUGUUGAAAUAUCUCUGUUGGUGUGUUCAAGUUUCGUAUUUUGAGACGUUUGUAUUUGUUGUUGAGUACUAUUUUGGAAGGUAGGUGGAUUCAUUUUCAGAAUUGAUAACUUUUGUGCUAUUCACAUUCCAAAAACUAAUUUUCUCAA